AUGGAUUUCCUACAGGGGCAGAGCGUCGAGACCAUGGUGGCCGUCGCCGUCGCGGUCGUCGCCGUCGCCGUGGGCGGCGCGCUCCUCCUCCGCCGAUCCAAGAGGCCCAAGGGCUGCUUGGAUCCUGAGAACUUCAAGAAGUUUAAACUUGUGGAAAAGACACAAAUAAGCCAUAAUGUUGCCAAAUUCCGAUUUGCUCUUCCAACCCCUACCUCUGUGUUAGGCCUUCCAAUUGGUCAACAUAUCAGUUGCAGGGGUCAAGAUGCUACCGGUGAAGAAGUAAUCAAGCCUUACACACCUACUACAUUGGAUUCUGAUCUAGGAAAUUUUCAGCUUGUUAUAAAGAUGUACCCUCAAGGAAGAAUGUCGCAUCACUUCCGUGAAAUGAAAGUUGGUGAUUAUAUGUCUGUGAAGGGACCUAAGGGUCGUUUCAAGUACCAAGUAGGACAAGUGAGAGCUUUCGGAAUGCUGGCUGGUGGAUCUGGCAUUACUCCGAUGUUCCAAGUUGCAAGGGCAAUUCUUGAGAACCCUAAUGACAAAACGAAGGUUCAUCUAGUCUAUGCAAAUGUCACACCUGAAGACAUUCUUCUGAAGGAAGAGCUGGACAGCCUGGCCGAAGAAUAUCCUGACCGCUUCAAGAUCUUCUACGUGUUGAAUCAGCCUCCUGAAGUCUGGAAUGGUGGUGUUGGGUUUGUGUCCCAGGACAUGAUCAAGACCCACUGUCCAGCACCUGCUGAGGAUAUUCAGAUCUUGAGAUGCGGCCCUCCUCCGAUGAACAAGGCGAUGGCUGCGCACCUCGAGGAGCUCGGAUACACAAAGGAGAUGCAGUUCCAGUUCUAA